UUUUUUUCUUAAUUACCGACUUCAUCUUUCUUGAUCUCACUUCUUCUCACCUGGAGUGGGGAACCGUACUUUGCGGCGGUGCAACUAUGUAAAGGGGGCUGGGUCUAGUAGUUACUGGGGAAUCUAGACCCACCGGAGGAUGAAUCAUAAUGGCUCAUGUCUUGCUGGCGAUGAGUCGACGGGGGGAAAUGAUGACUGAUGUUGAUUGCUGACUCAUGACUGGUUCUGCCCGGUCGCCGCCUUCCACCCCGAUUGGGACUAGUGCCAUAGGCGGGGCUAUCGCUCGAAGCUUUUUAUUUCCUCGGGCUUUUCCUCCAUCACUGCGGUUCACGACCCUGCUGUGCUCUCUAAUUUGCCUGCAUCUUUUGCCUGAUCGAGUCCCGUCUCUCGUCAAUUGCGAGUCGCAAAGUCCUGUUCUAGUACUUUGUGUUCCUUUUUCGCCGUUUUCCCCGCCACGAGCCUCUUCCCGACAGGCUCUGCCUCGCCCUCACCCCGCCUUCACCACUUCGAAUCUCUCUCUCCUCCCAGCGAUCUCUUUCCCUUUCACGGGCACUCGAUCAACUCCCUCGCUCCUUCGAAGCGAAGACCUAGAAUUCUCCAAUCUUCACUAUUUUCAUAACUAGCACUCCGACUCCGACAGAAGGAAUUAUGGCCGUCCGCGCGCAGUUCGAGAACUCCAACGAGUGAGACGCACCCCGGAGAAUUUUCUGCUGGCCUGCU